GACCAUUUCCAGACCGAGAUCCAGGACCGAAGAGCGCUUCUUGCAAGACCCAUUUGUUUACCUAAUACAAUGCACAAGAGAACCUAUCUCUCCAUCUCUAUAGUCGUACUGGCAUCGCUCCCAUGCUUCGCGACAGGGACUCAACCACACGCACUACUCAAUCAGAAUAGUGGCACACACGUGGAAUCCAGAAUCUCGCGCUUCCCAAUCGAAGACCUCAGCCCAUCAGAAUGGCGCGCCGAACACGAACGCACACGCGCCUCUUUAGGCGAUGAAGCCUAUCUUGCCCUGCGUAAAUCCGAAAUCGAUCAAAAGAUGAGAUCGAGCAAUGAUGUACUUAACGAUAUGAUAAAAGCUGGACGGUGGAAUUUGCCUCCAAUCGGAAACGAUGUCAAGCCGGAUCGUAUCGGUUUUGGUGACGAACGAGUGUUCGAUGUUGGGAUCAAGCAUGGUGUCCCUAAGUAUAUCACUGACGCUAUGUAUGCGACGUAUGGGUUGAAAGCUGGUGCGAAAAGUAUCGCAGAAGAGUGGUUAGAGUUUGAGGUUCCGGCUGAAAAGUUGAAAGAAGAGAGGAAGCGGAAGGAGACAGAGCGGCAGGAGGCAUUAGAGAUGGAGAAUACCAAGAUCUUGGAUGGAAGCUAUUCGGUCAGGGACAUUGAUAUGGGAUGUUUCCUGAAACUGAAAAGCUCUUGAAAUUCCAGCAAAGCACCACGGAUGACCUAGAGAUGCACACCGGUUGAUAGCAGCAUCAGAUCGAUUCUCUUCACUUCCUUCGUAUAGGCAGUGAAUUUAUUCCAUGGAUUAUCCCACG